AUGUCCGUCACCGGAAACACCAACUGCCACCUGAACGCCGCCGGCGAAAUCCUUUCUCGAAAUCUCACUCCCACGCUCACACCCAAUUCCCCCUUCUCCUUCCCUUUCUCAAUUCCCCAUCUGGGGAAAGGGAGCCAGGAAGAGGAUGAGUACGAGGAAGAUGACUUCGGUUCUUCCAAGAAACAAGGGACUUCCUCUGCCCCCAAUGCCAACAAAGAUGGAAAAGCCAUUGAUAAGGCUAGUGCGAUAAGAUCGAAACAUUCUGUAACAGAGCAGCGGAGAAGGAGCAAAAUAAAUGAGAGAUUCCAGAUAUUGAGGGAUCUCAUACCUCAUAGUGAUCAAAAGAGGGACACAGCAUCAUUUUUGUUAGAGGUUAUCGAGUAUGUUCAGUACUUACAGGAGAAGGUACAAAAGUACGAAGGUUCAUAUCAAGGUUGGGGUCAAGAGCCCUCAAAGUUGAUGCCAUGGCCACUCGAUGACAAACCUGCAAAACCUCAUGCUCAAGAUAUUCUCAAUCUUGAAGAGGCAAUUCCAAAUGUCCUUUGUACCUUUGGUUCAUCUUGCAAGGAUAUUUUUGUGGUUGCUCCAAACAAGGUUAUUUCUAUUUUUGAGUCAGGAUCAACACCAGAUACUAGUCAUCCAAGGGGUCUCUUUCUUAUACAAUAUCAAAGGAGAUUGAUGGAACCUGUCGAAGAACAAUUCCAAUCUCUCAAUUUGUAUCCACUAAAUACUAUUAUUCCUACAUCAGUUGUAGAGAGAAAUAGUCAUUGGCGUGUCCAAAGCUUCGCUGGUCAACCUACAUCUAUAAAGAAUGGUCUGGGUCCUGUAUCACCUUUUCCUGGGAAGUUUGAUGAAAGCAAUAUUAGUAUCUCCCCAACCAUGCUUAGUGGCACACAAAACACAAUAGAUCCUGAUCAGAACAGGGAUAUGGUCAACAAGACAGCAGAGAGGCAACCUGAUUUAGCGAGCAAGGGAAUACCUCUUCCCUUGCCUAUGCAUGCAAACAUGUCCGUACCUGUCAGAAGUGAUGGUGUACAUGCACAUCCUCUUCAGGGAACUGUUUCUGAUGCACAAUCAACUGAAUGCCCAACUACUAGUGAACUACAGAGUCAGCAAGAUGAACUCACAAUUGAAGGAGGGACAAUUAGCAUCUCAAGUGUAUACUCCCAAGGGCUAUUGAAUAAUCUAACUCAGGCACUACAAAGUGCUGGUUUAGAUCUGUCACAAGCUAGCAUCUCAGUUCAGAUUAAUCUCGGAAAACGAGCAAACAAAGGAUUGAGCUGUGGGACCUCUUCUCCCAAGAAUCAUGAUGACCCUCCUUCAAACAAUCAAACAAUUGCACAUUUUAGAGAUGCAGGCAGUGGAGAAGACUCGGAUCAAGCACACAAACGAAUGAAAACGUACAAGUGA